AUGGUGUGGAAAGACACCCGACUAAAUACAUCUCAAUUGGAUGACAACUCAUUAUCGGUUCCCGAAGAAUAUUCCUCAUGUUUUUGGACGCCUUCUCUAGUAUUCGACGGAAGCACUCAAAAGGAAGCAAUACUUCCACCAAAUUCUGUCAUCAAAAUACUUAAAAACAAUAUUUUAAUCAGAAAAUCAAGAAGGCUAUAA